CUGGCUCCAUAUCGCUGCUCGCUGUGGAAGGUGAGAUCAGUAAAAGUGUGUCUACAGGAAUUGUCAUCGGUCCGCCUCUCGCGUAUUCGAUAUCCAUCGAUUUUUCUUUUUUCAACGAAGUGACAAAAAAAAAAAAAUAAAUAAAGCAAAACAAAAAACCAAAAUAAACAAUGAGCAUCCAUUGAAGAUGUAAUCUUGUGUUAUAUCUGGUCUUUUUUUGUUAAUUCAUUUUUUUUUAAAAUAGUUUUUUGGAUUGUGUGAUUCCUGUAUAAUUAAACAGUGGAGGUAUAAGCGUCAAAAGUAAUUCAAGAAAAGGAUUAAGUGAAUGAACUGUCAGCUUUCACGUGAAUGUUUUGACUGUCUACUUCGUGUUUUCAUUUGAAUGUCAGGAUUUUGACUGACAACUUCGUUACUAACUUGUGUGGAACUUGGUUGACCUAUUUUUGAAGAGGCACAUCAGGGUCAGUGGACAGUGCUCUAAAGAAAUUGAAUUCAAAGCAGAUUGCAUCCACAUAGUUCCUUGUUUACUUCUUAUAGUUCCGCGUGGUCAUUCCUUAUAGUUCCAUGUGGUCACUCCACCUAGUUCCAUGUGGUCACGUCCUAUAUGUGGUCACUCCUUUUAGUUCCGCGUGUUUUCACGUGAAAAAAGAUUUACAAUGACUUGAUACUUUGGAAAUAUCAGAAAUAUUUCGGCUGUUUAGCUUUUUUGGUGUAAUACAACCUAUGAUUAAAAUGACAUGGUCAAUGUAGAGUUGUGACAGAAGACAUAUCCGUGACUGUUGACAUGCCAACUGUAGUGCCAGGAGCAGUACCAGUAUCAAGUGGAGACAUCAGUUCCAGCAGAAGAGUGCCAUCUGUCAGUAACACUUCCAUUCUACGCGUGUGCCUUCGAUUCUUUCUUUUCAAUGACGCCAACAGGAGAAAAUAAAAAAAAUGCUAGCGCAUUUGUAGGCAUAGGUCAGUGCUGUAAACGCCCUCAUUAAACUUCCUGAUACCAAGCUUUUCGUGCAGAAAAACACCCAGCUUUCCACUGCAUACCUUAUUAACUGCUAUGAUUGAUAGGCUUAUUGAGUAGAUCGCUCUAAGGCAGAAUGCAAAUACAUUGAUUCCGGAUGUGUUAAGUGUUGUUAGCGCGCGUUCGGUCACUAAGCUGAUGGAUGUUCUCGGGUUCCGUGAGGUCACUGGACCAAAGGAUUGAGACGCUCUUGUUACAGCCGAGGUUAGCAGCGCAAAAAGUUUCAGUUAGCUCAAACAGCUGCUGUUGUCGCUGCAUCAGUUUACCCUAGAGCUGGUGCUAAGUAAUGUUCGGGUUACCAAUGAAGCAAGUUCAAAUGGCUGGCCAAGGCUAUAAAAGAACCAACUUUGAAGAAGACGACUACGCCUCCAAUGGAGGGACACCGCCCCCUAUAGACGUGGUCUUUAGAGGACCCUCUGCUGGGCUGUCUUCGUGGAGACACAGGACCACGCAAGAGAAAUGUCUGCUGCUCGUCUCAGUUCUUCUGGUACUGGUCAUUGUGGUGUUAGCCAUCGUCUUGGCUUUCAAAGACUCGGAGAUACAGGACCUCAAGCUGGAAAAUGAAAAGUACUGCAUGACACCGGAAUGUGUAAAAAUCGCCAGCACCAUCUUAACAGCCAUGGACACCCAGAUAGAUCCUUGCGAGGACUUUUACCAAUUCGCCUGUGGGGGGUGGAUGAAGAACAACCCGAUACCCCCUGGUCACUCAAGAUGGGGAACAUUUGAACUCAUGUGGCAGAAGAAUAUGCUGGUCAUGAAGAACGCCAUAGACAAGCCUGCCUCUUGGUUCAACAGCAGUGCCGAGCUGAAGGCUAAGCAGUACUACAUCUCCUGCAUGGACGAGAACAAGCUGAUCGACAAGGCAGGGGGGCAGCCUCUGCUGGACCUCAUCCACAGACUGAACUGGGGGGUCAACAUCUCCGAGUGGAACGUGGACUGGCAGCUGCCCCAGCACUGGGACAUGACCCCUCACCUAGGGGACAUGCACCUGUUGAACAUUGCGGCGUUCAUGAACUUGUAUGUAGCGGAGGAUGAUAAAGAUUCAAGUGUCAAUAUCCUGCAGAUUGACCAAGGAGGACUGCAGCUACCUGAUAGAGAUUAUUACCUGAACAAAUCCAUUACUGACAAUAAGGUUCUAUCAGCAUAUCUGAAAUACAUGGUCGAAGUGUUUCAACUUUUGGGGGCACCAAAUGAAACCUUCACUCGAGAGAGUAUGAUUGAUGUUAUCUUACUGGAGACAGAAAUUGCAAAUAUUACAACACCCAACGAGGAAAGACGUGAUGAGAAUAAAAUCUAUCAUCGUUAUGAUAUCGCCAACUUGACAAAGUCCUUUAAUCAGAUCAACUGGGUACAUAUUAUUAACCAUGUUUUGUCCAUUGUCAAUCUGACUGUGUUACCAACCGAGCAAAUAGUUGUUUAUGCUCCUGAGUUUUUGGCCAAGCUAAAUGACAUCCUGGCCACUUACCAGUCUACAGAGUCUGGCAAAAAGAUUCUGUUCAACUAUAUGCUGUGGCAUAUUGUCAAUGAUUUUGUUGGUCUGUUGUCAAAACCUUUCAGGGAUGCUAAAAAGGAGUUUACAGAAUCGAUGUCAGGCUUAACUGGCAACGAUGACAUCUGGCACACGUGCAUCACUGACACCGACUCUGUCCUGGGCUAUGCCCUCGGGGCCCUGUUUGUAAAAGAAACAUUUUCUGGUGAAAGUAAAGCUAAGGUAACGGCCAAGAAGAUGAUUGAAGAUGUCAGAAAGGCUUUCAUUGCCAAUCUACCAAAACUUGAUUGGAUGGAUCCUGUCACGAUGCAGGCUGCUAUUGACAAGGCCAACGCUGUCAUUGACAUGAUUGGAUAUCCAGAUUAUAUCAUGGAUGAAGUGAAGCUGGAUAAAAAAUAUGAAAGUUUAAUCAUUAAUGAAUCUGAUUAUUUCGGCAACAACUUGGCUGCCAACAACUAUAGCAUCAAGCAAAAUUUAGAAAAAUUAAGGAAAAAACCUAUCAAUGAAUGGGGCAUGAGUCCUCCUACAGUGAAUGCUUAUUACACUACCAAUAAAAAUACCAUAGUCUUUCCUGCCGGAAUACUUCAAGCUCCGUUUUUUGACAGAAGUUUUCCACAGUCACUUAACUAUGGUGCUAUGGGUGUGGUCAUGGGACACGAAUUGACACAUGGUUUUGAUGACCAAGGUCGUCAGUUUGAUAAAAAUGGAAACCUGAAACCUUGGUGGGAUGCAGAAGCAGUGCUGAGAUUUAAGAACAAGACUCAGUGUAUGGUGGAUCAAUACAGCAGCUACCAGUUAAAUGGAGAGAAAGAAAGGGGGAAGCAAACUCUUGGAGAGAACAUUGCAGACAAUGGAGGGCUGAAGUCUGCAUUUUAUGCUUAUCAAAAAUGGGUGGAGCUGAAUGGUAAAGAGCAACUCCUGCCUGCACUUGGUCUCUCUCACGAGAAGUUGUUUUUCUUGUCUUUCGCUCAGGUCUGGUGCUGGAACAGUAAGCCAGAAUCGGAUCACUUACAAGUGUUAACUGAUGCACAUUCACCAGCUAAAUUUAGAGUUAUUGGCCCUCUGUCCAAUUCUCCAGAUUUUUCUAGAAUCUGGAAAUGUAGUGACAAGUCCAAGAUGAAUCCCAAAAAGAAGUGUGAAGUAUGGUGAUCUGCUCACGUGUCCUAUCAUAUUGUAAUCUCGUUAGAUCAAUGGUCUAUAAGAACAUGGUCCACACAAGUACACACUACCACUAUAUGGUGAACUAAAAAGAGAGCCAACUAAAUGUUUUACAACAUUGAGACCUUGUUUUGCUUAGGAUCAAAUGUUAAUUUUAGAACCUUUUUAGAAUAUUAGUUUGUUUUUAAAUAAUUUCAUGUAAUGUUAGUUUUGAUUUUUAUAAAAAGAUAACCUUUUACUCUUCAAGCCUUCUCUAAUUUUGAAAAUAUUCAAAUUAGUUUUUUAAUUUAAAGAUGUUCUGUCCCCUUUUCUUCAGUUGAUUUACAGAAAUUGUUUGUUUUUUUUGUUUUUUUUAAUUUGAAUUAGAAUAAUCUGAUCCGCUUCAUUGACUUUAUAUCAGCAUAAAUAUCAAGAGAUAGUAGCCCUGCUAUUUCAGCCAAAUGAAUUUGUAGUACUAAAUCAGAUUUCGGUUUGUACUGUGUUUGGUAUUUUUAAAAAGAUCUGGAAAAUUUCACUUAACUUACUGAUAGGUUAAUUUUACAUUAUAUCUAAUUUACGUUUUAACUUGUACAAUCUUGUUAUAUUAUUUGACUGUCUUAUAUUUAUUAGUUUGCAGUAUUGUGUUGUUUUUAAAAUCAACUCCCUUGUGUACAUAAGAACACAACUUUGUUGCCAUAUAAAAGACACUAUGAAGCCAAAAUUUUCUUUAUGUACUCGGCUAAGUCGAAGAUUUGACAAAAAAACAAAAAUUCAUAUAUUGACUUGUUUUCCAGAGACAAAGAAUAUCAUGUGGGUUUUUUUUUUUUUUUUACACACUAAUCCUGAUGAUUUUGUAUUACUUUUAAAACUUUUGUUUGCGUUAUAUAUUUUGUACAACUUUUAUAUAAUGUGAUCUUGGUUUACUUUAUAUCCAAAAAUGUUAGCGAAACUUUGCCUAUGUUUUUUUUUUUUGAGUCUUUGAGAGUUGUUGCACAAUUUUAACUCUUUCUCUCCUAACUGACGAUACCAACGUUGAUUCCACCAGAAUGUGGUAAAUAAUUACGGAGAGAAAAAGUUAAAUCCUAUGAAAACCAUCAACCUUUUUUUUAUACAUUAAACAAAAUAAAUCUGAGAUUGAAUUUAAAAAGGAAAUUUCAGAUUUUAUGAAGCUCAGAAAAAAAUCAUUUUAUACUAAAUUAUAAAAAUAAAAAAUCUGUAAAACUUCAGUUGUACCUCAAAUUUGAAAGUGCUCAAUUUGUUUUCUAUGUCCCAGCAUGCUUCUUUCAAUGUCCCAGCAUGCUCUUUUUGAUGUCCUGGCAUUCUCCUCUCCAUGUCCCUUGGAAAAUAUUUAGUUCAUAUUUGUUGGACCUGUAAUAAGUUUACCCUUUUGUUCUUUUCUUGAACAUAUUCUAUGUUCUUUAUAAAACAUGCAUGUCUUUUGUCAGCAAAUUAUGAUAGUAUGUUUUUGUUUAAGAGAGCGCCUAUAUUUUAUGAUUAGUAAAUCAAAAUCCUUCAUUUUGUGAAAUCCAACCCAUUCUUAGAUCUGAUCAUUCAAAACUGAUCAAUUUUUUGUUGAGACAUUCUUUUUUUUAUGACGAUAGGUCUGUAAAUAAACUUUUUCAUUAUGAUAUUUUAUGGAAUGAUUUUAUCUUAAGUCCCACUUUCAUCAGAUGAGCCACUUUUACCAAAUAACCCCCUUUCAUCAGAUGACCCACUCUCACCCAAUGACCCACUUGUUUGUAAGAGGAAAAGAAAAUAACAUUUUGUUUUAGUCCUUAAUUCAUUUCUUGUCAAUAGUUUUUGACCAAUGUUUGCAUUAAUGGAACAUCUGAGCCACGUUGUAUAGAGAUUGUAUUAGCAUUUACUAGAUGGCCCAAAUUUGCAUGUUGAUAAUCUUGAGUGGUCAGCAAGCAAAAUGUAAAAUUAUCAAUUUGUAGUGCAACAAAUAUUAUAUACAGUUUAUUUAGUAUAAUUGUCUGCCACACAGAUACUAAACUCAUAAUUUUGUAUAUUGAGUCACAAGAAAUGUAUACCUGCUGUGAUAAAAUACUUUGCUCUUCAAGUCUAAUCUAGACUUGAGAUUCAAGUUAUUUCAACUGGUCAUUGAACUGGCCAGGUAAUAUUCCUUCUAAACUAUUGAUUUAAGCUCUUGUUAGUUCUUAACCUUUCUGGCAAUUAAAGGCUAUGGCACAUAUUGGGCUAGGUAGCAUCAAGUGUUCAUUGUACUGUGUGUUUAAUAUUCAUAAAAUAUGAUGGUCUUACCAUGUGUGCAUCUGUCUCUCAAAACGACUUCUGAGUGAGUGUUACCCAUUUUGUGUUCCAGAUGACCUCAUUGAGUGUAAGCCAAAUGUUGUUGCCAGUUUGUACCCAGAGAUUUGUUUACAUCAUAUUGCGCCUCAGCUAAUGGGGCUUAACUCUUGAAACUUUUCAAAUGGCAGUGUCAUAAGCUGAACUGACAUUCAGAUAGAAUUUGUUGUUGGAAGUUUUGGGAUUUGACUAUUCUAGAGCUUGGUUCACUUUUAUAUUGAGCUAUUCAACACAAAUCAAUGAAUUUGUGAAAUAGUUAUAAUUGGUACCCCAUGGAGCCCUCUGCUCUAUCCCUUUGGAUUAGGGAAAGAAAAUGUGUGGUUCUUAUACAAAAUUCAUUCAUUUUGAUUAAUUUAUUGUUUUACAUAAUUUUUGUUUAUAAAUAUUUACUCUUUUAUAUAGACUGGAGCUUAGCAUCAUUGGAAAAUACAAAAGUGGAAUCACUUAUUUCUACAGAUCUAAAUUGAUUUAUUGUUUAACAUAAUUUUUUUUUUUUUUUACAAAUAUUUACACUUUUAUAUAGACUGGACUUUAGCAUCAUUUAAAAAUCAUUUAAAUUUUGUAUUAUCUACAUGUAUCAUUAUACCAAUGGCCAUAUCCAGUAAUGUGAUUUUUUUUGUAAAUCCUGUGUGACUGUAUUAUGAAUGAUUUACACUGAUUAUAUAUAUACCAAUAUAUUGAAAUCUUUUUGUAGGUAAGUGUGAUUAUUGACUGCAUUCAUCAAUAGAUGAAUAAGACUCAUAAUUAUUUUUUAUUAUUAUUUGUAAUUCCACUCGACACCAAUAACUACCAGAGGGGAAUUUUUUGUUUUGGUUUUACACCAAUCAAUCUACUCUCGCAUAAAAUUAUGCUUGAAAUACAUAAUGUUAAUAUUAUCAUUAUAAAUUUUCAUUUGGUAUGUUCCAAUAAAAGGUGUGUCUAUGUA